UGUGUCCUAUGUGAACUUCCUAUGAAUUAUGUAUGGGUCCCCAGGGUUGUCUAUCUCAUCCAUUCUCCUAUAUGUAUAUGUGGGAUGUUUUAGGACUCAGUGGCCUUUGAGGAUGUUAAUGUGGAGUUCACCAUGGAGGAGUGGGCUUUCCUCGAUCCCACCCAGAAGAAACUCUACACAGAUGUGAUGCUGGAAACCUUCUGGAACCUGGCAUCAGUAGCAUGUAUUUUAGAACAAUGUGAUGACCAUGACAAUGAAGAUCAGUAUAAGAAGCAUGGGAUGAAUCUUAGCAAUCAUAUUGUAAAGAGACUCUGUACAAGGAAGGAUGGUAGUCAAUACAGAGAAAACUUCAGCCAGAUUCCAAAUAAUAAUGAAAAGAAGGAAAUUUCUGAAAUAAAACAACCUAAAUCCAGGUUGUGUAGGCAAAUCUUCCUAUGUUACUUAUCCUUGAAUAACCACCUGAGCUCUCACAUUGGACCCAAACUGUACCUGUGUCAGGAAUACAAAGAAAUACCUUAUAAAUAUAAGGAAUGUGAGAAAGUUUUCAAGCCUCACCAACAUAUUCAGAGCCAUGAAGGCAGCCCCAGUGGGAAAACUUUCCACUUUUCAACUUCCCUUCGAAAUUAUGGAAGAACGUAUAUCGCUGGGAAACCAUAUGAGUGUGAGCAAUAUGGGAAAGGCUUUAAUCGUCUCACUUACUUUGAACUUCACAAAAAUACUCAUAGUGGAGAGAAACCUUAUCAAAGUAAGCAACAUGGCAAAGCUUUCAGUUCUCCCAAGUACUCUGGAGAAAAUGAUAGAACACACACUGCAGAAAAGCCAUAUCAAUGUAAGAAAUCUGGAAAAGCUUUAAGUUACACUUCCCUUAGAAAUCAGGAAAGGACACACACCGGUGAGAAACCUUAUGAAUAUGGGAACGUCUUCCAUCAGCUCAGCUCUCUUGGAGAACAGAAUGGAAGUCAUGUCGGAAAGAAGCCUCAUGAAUGUAAGGAAUGUGGUAAAACAUUCUGUCGUCGCUAUUCCCUUAUAAUUCACCAAAGAAUGCAUACUGGGGAAAAACCCUAUGAAUGUAAGGUUUGUGGUAAAGUUUUCUCUUAUUCAACUUCCCUCCAAAAUCAUAAAAGAACUCAUACCGUGGAAAAACCCUAUCGUUGUAAGCAAUGUGGGAAAGCCUUCAGUUGUACAAAGUCUUAUCUAGAGCAUCAACGGACACAAUGUGGAGAAAAACCCUAUGAAUGUAAGCAACGUGGGAAAGCUUUCGUAUUUUCCACUUCUCUUCAAAAUCAUGAAAGAAUGCAUACUGAGAAGAAACCCUAUAAAUGUAAGCAAUGUGAGAAAGCCUUCCAAUAUAGCAGCUGUCUUGGAAAACAUAAACGAUGUCAUGACGGAAAGAAGCCUCAUGAAUGUAAGAAAUGUGGUAAAGCAUUGCAUCAUCCCUAUUCCCUUAGAAAUCAUGAAAGAACUCAUUCUGAGAAAAAACCCUAUGAAUGUAAGCAAUAUGGGAAAGCCUUCAGUUCCAGCAGCUCUCUUGCAAAUCAUAAAAUAAGUCAUGAUGAAAAGAAGCCUCAUGAAUAUAAGGAAAGUGGCAAAACAUUCCAUCAUCACUAUUCCCGUAGAAAUCAUGAAAAUACUCAUACUGGAAUGAAAACCUAUGAAUGUAAGGUUUGUGGUAAACUUUUUUCUUAUUCAGCUCCUCUUCAAUAUCAUAAAAGAAUGCAUACGGGAAAAAAACCCUAUCAUCCCUCUUCCCUUAGAAAUCAUGAAAUAACUCAUACUGAGGAAAUACCCUAUGAAUGUAAGCAUUGUGGCAAAGCUUUCUAUUUUCUAUCUGCCCUCCAACGUCAUGAAAUAACUCAUACUCGGGAUCGCUAUGAUGAAUGUAAGCAUUGUGGAAAAGGUUUCUAUUAUCAAUCUUCUCUCCAAGAUCAUGAAAGAUCUCAUACUGGGGAAAAACCCUAUAAAUGUAAGGUUUGUGGUAAAGUUUUCUCUUAUUCAACUUCCCUUCGAUAUCACAAAAGAAUGCAUAGUGGGGAAAAACCCUAUCAAUGUAAGGAAUGUGGGAAAGCCUUCAUUUUCCCCAGCUCUCUUGGAAAGCAUAAAAGAAUUCAUGAUGGAAAGAAGCCUCUUGAAUGUAAGGAAUGUGGUAAAACAUUCUAUUAUCAAUAUUACCUCCAACUUCAUGAAAGUAUUCAUACUGGUGUAAAACGUUAUGAAUGUAAGCAAUGUGGUAAAGCUUUCUCUUAUCCAUCUUCCCUCCGAAAUCAUGAAAUGACUCAUCAAAAGGAAAAACCCUAUGCAUGUAAGCAAUGUGGGAAAGUCUUCAGUUACCUCAGUUCUCUUCGAUGUCAUAAAAGAAUUCAUGAUGGAAGGAAGCCUCAUGAAUGUAAGGAAUGUGGUAAAACGUUCCAUCAUCCCUGUAACCUUAGAAAUCAUUUAAGAAUUCAUACUAGGGAAAAACCCUAUGAAUGUAAGCAUUGUGGCAAAGCUUUCUAUUAUCUGUCUGCCCUCCAAAGUCAUGGACGAACUCAUACUGGCAUAAAAUGCUAUGAAUGUAAGCAGUGUGGUAAAGGUUUCUAUUAUAAAUCUUCUCUUCAACGUCAUGAUAGAACUCACACUGUUUUAAAAUCCUAUGAAUGUAAGCUAUGUGGUAAAGUUUUGUCUUCUUCAACUUCCCUUCAAUAUCAUGAAAGAAUCCAUACUGGGGAAAAACCCUAUCAAUGUAAGGAAUGUGGGAAAUCCUUCAUUUCUCCCUGCUCUCUUGGAAGUCAUAAAAGAAGUCAUGAAGAAAAGAAGUCUCAUGAAUGUAAGGAAUGUGGGAAAACCUUUCGUUUUCCCUCUUUACUUAGAAGACAUGAAAGAAUUCAUACUGGAUGAAAACCCUAUGAAUGUAAGCAUUAUGGUAAAAGUGUAUCUUAUCCAGCUUCCCUCCCAUAAAAUGAUAGAACACGUACUGGAAAAAAAACCAUGUAUGUCAGGCUUUUAGUCUUUCUGCAUCUCUUAGAGAUCAUGAAAAUAUACAUACUGGGGAGAAACUCUACGACUGAAAGCAAUGUGAGGAAGCCCUUUCUGCCAAAUGUCUUAGUGAAUAUAAACUAAUUCAUCAUGGAAAGAUGUCUCAUGAAUGUAAGGAAUGUGGUAAAACUUUCUUUUAUCCCUCUUUGC